CGCCGCCUCUCUGAAGAAAAUCGCCAAAACUUCAAUAUCCGACGCGCCAUACCACUACACCCCCCCGAACGUAACGACUCCCUCCACCGCCCUUUUAACCCUCGAAAGACGCAAAUCACUGAAAAAUGUCCCGCGAAGCCUACCAAGUCCCCACCGCCGGUGCCGCCUCCGCGCCCAGCGCGGCCGCCUACCAGUCCUACGGCUCCGAGGGCCCCCAGAUGCAAUACCUCUGCGGCGACUGCGGUCUCAAGUUCCAGCUGCGUCGCGCCGAUCCCAUCAGAUGCAAGGAGUGCGGUUGUCGUAUUCUUUACAAGGAGCGGACCAAGAGAAUGGUUCAGUUCGAGGCGAGAUGAUUGGGGAGUCAAAGAAUGAUUGGCAGAGAGAGAGAGAGAGUAUUUGAUAUUCGCGCG